AUGGUAAGUCAAGAGCAGCUGCUGACAGUGGGGAGCGUCGAGGCCGGCAGCAGCGGUGGCGUCAAGAUGGACUUCGAGGAGUUGCUGGGGGAGGAGCAGCCCAUGGAGCUCUGGUCGCGCCCCCUCCGAGGGCCGUGGUCCAAGUCACUGCUGGCCUUCCCUCCCAAGAGCCGCCUGGGCUUCAGCCUCACGCCGCUCAGCGAGCAGCGGCUGCUGCUCUUCGGGGGCAAAGCCAAAGACCGCUGCCUCGCGGAUCUGCAUGUCUUGCAGCUGGAGCAUGGAAAGGGAGACAGGACCGACAGGACAGAGAGUGAAGACUCAGGCAGCGAGGCUGAGGCCAUUUUCUUUGCCGCAGACUACCGAGCGGCGUGUGGGUCCACGAUGCGCGCGGCACAAACCAAGCCCCAGGUGGCGCGGGCUGGUAGAGGCGCUCCCUCGGCAGAAACCUCCGACUCCGAGACAGAGCCGACGCAAGAGAGGUCGGGAAAGGGAGUGAUGCCCUGCAGCACUCAGGAGGUCUUGGCCAAGAUGGGCGCAGAGGUCACAAUGACCCGGCGCGAGGCCAAACCGCUCGCUUGCGAGCGGCAGGCCCGAGAUCCGGCGGAAGGCUUGGAGGCUCGCUGGCGGCGGCCACAGGCGCUGGAAGAGCACACGCCGCCCAGGCCACGUGCCGGGCACAGUGCAGUGCAGGUGCCAGUGGCUCCAGGUGAGACGCCGGCGGUCCUUAUCUUCGGAGGUGUUGGGGAUGGCGGGUUGCCCUUGGGGGACACCUUCCAGCUGAAGAUUUUGGAGACGGAGGACCAGUCGCUGGAGUUUGUGUGGAGCUUGCUGGACGCCGGAGGCAAGGAGCACUGCGAGACGGCCCCCUGGGAGCAGCAGUUGGCCCCAAGGCCGCGCGCCUGUCACUCGGCGGUCUUCUCCAAGACGCGAGCCAUGGUGAUCUUCGGCGGCUUGGGCUCCGGGCUGGAAGGCGAAGCCAAAGCGCUGGGGGACACCUGGCUCUUUGCGCCUUCAAAAGCAGCUGGCCAGGCAGCUGGCUGGCGCCGUCCGACCGUGGCAGGCGGCGCCCCUGCGCGCCGCUUUGGCCACGGCUGCUGCAUGGUCGAGGACCGUAUGCUCCUUUGCGGGGGCAUGGACGCCUCGGGGCCGUUGAAUGAUUGCUGGCUGUUGGACCUGGAGCAAAUGCGCUGGGAGCAGCUGACGCCGGGCGGUUUGGCUCCCAAGGAGCUGGGCUGGUGCACGGCGAUCUCCGCGGAAGCUUCGGCAUGGAUCUGGAGCUGCAAAGGCGCCUUUUGCUAUCGGCCCUCCGUGUCCAGAGGAAAGGAGAAAGCCCGGGAGUCUUCCAAGGAAUCGCCAAAGCCGGAUGCUUGGACCGAGAAGCAGGACUGGCGGCCGCCGCGCCUGGCGCGAAAGGAGGAGGAGCUGCCGAGUGUUCUGCCACCGGUGCGGCGGCGGUGCCCGGCGAACCGCUGGAAGGAUGGCCCGACGGAGGACGGGAACUUCCACCAGAGCUGGCCGCAGAAAAUGUCGCCCCGCCUCCCGGAGAAGCGCCCGGUGAACUCCGCGUCCCAGUCCCGGCGCCGGCCCUCCCGCCAGGCGGUGGAGGCGAUGUCGCGGGAGCUGGCGCCAGUGCAGGCCCCGGCCAAGUUGGAACGCUCGCUGUCGCGGAAGCGGUGCCCGCUGGAACUGGAUCCCAGCUGCCGCACUCUCUACUUCUCGCCCGUGGGCGCCUCCUUCAGGGAGGUGACCAAGAAGAAUCUGCUCCACUUGCACGCUUCAGGUGUGGUGGACAUCUUCCUGGCGCAUUACCGAAAGGAUUUGGCAAAAUGGCAGCAGGAGCCCUGGUACAACCAGACCGUCAAGUAUAGUGUGUCGUACCACGACAUCAAAGCUGGCUUUGUGCUGAACGAGCUGAUUAAGCAACGCACAUUUAGCCUCACUGGCUAUUGCUGGUUUUGGAUAGCUGAUGACAACAUCGACUUUUCGCAGCUGGAUGUGAAACGGUACCUCAGCCUCGCCGCGGAGUCGGGGGCGAACAUUGUGCAGCCGGCUGUUGAUUUCGACAGCCACGGCAUCCCGUCUCACGAGAUUGUCAUCGCCAACACGGACCCGCUGGAGCUGGAAUCUCCGGAUUCAGGGCCGCCCCGUCGCAGCGUCUACCGCUACUCCGACUUUGUGGAGGUGAUGAGCCCCUUGUUCCGGGCCCCGGCCUUGCCGGUGGCCUGGAAGCUCUACCUGCCAGGUCUCGGCAGCGACUUCGGCAUGGACCAGCUCUGGUGCCGCUUUGUGGCCGCGAAGCUCCACGGUCCGCUGGAGCGGGGCUGCGCCAUCAUAGAUGCCACGCCUAUGUACAAGCUGCCACACUUCCAGAGCUAUGACUGGGAGGCGGCCAUGGCGGUAAGGGAUGUGGUGACCAAAGAGCACCCGGAGUUUUUGCAGAGGAGUAUAGACACUCAGACCGCUGAGCUGAAGGACGGUAUAGUGCAGCUGUGCCGCACCACGGACCACGAGUUGGUGAGGAUUCGCGGGAGGCCCCGUCUCAACAAGGCGCCCAGCUCGUGGAAGCUGGUGAAGGCGUACUUUCGCUGCAAGGUGGGCUUCCAUCUUUGGGCCGAAUGCCACAUCGACGUUGGCGUUGUUCUGGAAUCCAUCGUUUAUUGGACGCUGGCACUGGGCAUCGUUCUUUGCUUCCCGCCGCUGCUGUGGCAGUUGCUGAAGUACAUCCGGGUUCGGCUUGGUGUGCAGAUUGAGGUCCCUGGCGAGAAGCUCCGAGGUUCGGGACGCGACCUUCAAAAGGCGCGUGCCCGUGCGCUAUCGUGA